UGUCAAGGGUUUGGUUGGUUAACAUUGGAUUCAUAUCAUGAAUAGAGUUAUAAUCGAGAAGCGAUUCUUAAAGAUAACGAAAAUAUUCGCGAUACUGAGUGGGAUUUGGCCAGGUCAAAAUAAAAUUAAGUUCAUUUUGUGGGCUUUGGUGCAUAUUACUAUGCUAUCAUCUGUCAUCGUACAGGUAGCAAGAAUUAUACAUAUAGGCACUUUGGAAGUCGUACUGGAGCAGUCCUCCUUUAUAGGCGCGAUAAUACUCAUGAUCAUAAAACAUGGUAACUAUAUCCUGAACGCAAAGAAGCUUAAAUCCCUUUUGAAUGACAUGUCCGAGGAUUGGGCAACCGAUCGAUUGAAAGAAGAAUUUGCCAUUAUGACGACAUACGCAUAUAGGGGAACCACUCUUGCGAUGUUCUACUUUGGUAAAUCAAUAUCUAGAAAAGCAGGUUGCAACUCUGGUUGAUAAUUUCAAUAGUACACAAUAUAGACUGAUGUAGUUAACGCUUACGUAAAUAAUCAAAAUAAAACAAUUAAUUCUAAAUUACUCAAUAAAUGCAUAACUAAAUUUAAAACGUCAAUAUCGAAAACUGUUGUAUUCGUGACGUAUAAGUAUACAAUGAAUGGAAAUUUGGUGUGGUUUUGCGAUAUUUUUACU